AUGGCCGACGCAGAUGAGGACGUGAUUCAAACUCCCUCUGCGACUGCUGUCCCACCGCCAGAGGUUGACCUGUCCGACGAGACACAGGACUUCCGCUUCCUGAAUCACCUCAAUUUCUUCGCCGAAUCAUCCCCCAAUAUCCCUCGCCGCGGCGAAAAAGAUUUCGAACCAAACCCGACAGAACACCAAGCCGAUGUGCUCUCCGCUUCGCGAGGGGCCAUGCACAAUGCGCUCUCAUACCCCCGCCUCCACGCCCCCAAAACACGCAUCGUAGCUUUCUACGCGCCCAAUGGGUAUACGCCUCCAGCCGAUCGGGCGACACCGAAAGCCGGCGGGGAGGGCGCAAAUCCCAACCCCACGAAACCCGCGCCAAAGCCUACCAGGGUUUCGCCCGAUGCCUGUGUCUACGUGCCGAAUCCAAAAGGACAGUUCUUCAAAUCCAUGGGCCAAGCAGAUCCCACGAGCCGUGUCUGGCUGUUGCCCGAGGAAGCCCUGUAUCUUAUCGAGAGAGGCAGUCUGGAUAUCAGAUGGCCCAGCCCGUCCGGGUCUACGGGCUCUGAAGAAGACCUCUCCAUUCCCAUGAGCUUGCAAGCUGCAUAUGCAUGCUUCAUCGGCCACGGCGGUCUGACACUGGAGCGGUACUCUGUUUAUACUGGUCUUAAGCGUUUGGGUUAUACGCUCAUUCGAGCUCCCGGAUGGAGCGAUGAUAUCGAGCCGCAGGAGUCGGAUACACCAGAUAUUAAUGAACCGGCACCCAGACUAGUUGGACCUGGUCUAGCUGGCAUUUUCUCGUCAUUGUUCAAAUGGAUCCAUGACCCUUACUCAACGGCUUCUACGGCCACUGGACCUAUCAUUGGCACUGGUAUCCACCGCCAUUACAUGGAUGUAUACCGCAAACUCGCCAUAAUCCCCUGGUACGACCCAGUCACCGCACCCGAACGUCACCCCUCAGAUACCACCCCACCCUUCCGCGUCGUCUUCCACGUCUACAAACCCUCAACCCCCUUCAAAAAGUCCGCACCCCCACCUCCAGAGUUUCGCAUCGCGGUCGUAAGUACACGCGACCAGACUACCAUGCCUACGCUGAUGCAGCUCGGCUCCUUACUCGAAAGCACCCCGCUGGAUCCCCCGCGCGGGGAAAAGAUGGAUCGCAUGAUGUACAUGAGAUUGCGGCAUGGAUACCGCAAUGUUAUUAUGGCGGUCGUUGACCAGGGCGUUGUUAGUUAUCUGCGAGUUGCGGAUUCUGCCUUCGGGAAGGAGAAGCUCUUUGAGAGUAAGGCUGUGCAGGGUCAUAAGCGGAACCGGAACCAGAAGUCCAGGAAGCGUUGA